AUGCAGGUGCCUAUGGAUCCGGCCUCGCAACCAAAGCCUGCCAUAAUGGACGGCUUGAAUUUCAACAGUGUCCUCGAGUCCCCUGUAUUCGCCGGGGGUCUCGGCCUUGCAGCACUCGGCAGCGCCGCAGCCCUCGCCCGCCGCGGUGCCAUCCAAGGCGCCCGGCUGCUGAAACGGCAACUCCUCGUCAACGUCGAGAUCUCAAAAAACGACCCGUCUUACAGAUGGAUCCUGGCUUAUCUCUCUCGCCCGCGCGAGACCCCUGGACUCCUGGCCAGCCGGCUCACGCGCAUUCGGGAACUCUCCGUCAAGACCACCACGCGGUCCAUUGCGCCGGGGAAGGGCAACGGCGCCGAAGGUGCGCCCACGCAUGCGCACUUCUCUCUGGUGCCUGGAUACGGCUCGCAUGUGAUUAGGCACGCGCCCGGCGUGUACAUCAUGGUCCAGAGGGACAAGAGCGCGACGGCGGAGAUGGCAACGGGUGAGCCGCAUGAGACGAUGACGCUGACGACGCUGUGGGCCCAUCGGCAUGUGUUUGAGGAGAUUUUUGGAGACGCGCAUGGUAUGAUGGCACGUGCGACAGAGGGGAAGACCGUGGUGUACACCGUCCGCGGUUUCAACUGGGAGCAGCUCGGAGAGCCAAGACGCAAGAGGCCGCUUGGUAGCGUGAUCCUGGAUGAGGGUGUCAAGGAGGGGAUCGUGGCGGAUGUCAAGGAUUUCAUCGCGAGACAGGAGUGGUACGCCGAACGAGGAAUACCAUAUCGCCGUGGCUAUUUACUCUUCGGACCACCGGGAGGAGGCAAGUCCAGCUUCAUUCACGCGCUGGCUGGAGAGUUGAACUUCGCCAUUGCGACAAUCAAUUUGAGCGAGAGGGGCAUGGCAGACGACAAGCUAGCGAUGAUGAUGCAAAAGCUACCGCAGAGGACGAUCGUCUUGUUGGAGGAUGCGGACGCCGCCUUUGUGAACAGGAAGCAAAAGGACACAGACGGCUACAGCGGGUCCUCGGUCACCUUCUCGGGUCUGCUGAAUGCGCUGGACGGGCUGUCUGCGGGCGAGGAACGGAUUGCGUUCCUCACGACGAAUCACAUCGAGAGGCUGGAUCCUGCCUUGAUCCGUCCCGGGCGGGUCGAUAUGAUCGUGCGCGUGGGCGAGGCAAGCAGAUACCAGGCGGGAGAGAUGUUUGAGCGCUUCUAUGGGGAUGUUGACCAGGACGGUAAUGGCAAGAAGCGGUUCUUGCAAAAACUUGACGAUAUGGGUAUGUUUGACGAGAAGACGGCGAGGAACACGAGUGCUGCUGCCAUCCAGGGACUGUUCCUCUUCCACAAGAAUGACAUGGAAGGGGCCAUCAACAUGGCUGAGGUGCUGGGUCAACCCCAACAUACAGACAGCUGA